UGAGACUCGCGCCUGCGCAGCUGGGUGGUGAUGGGCUGUCCGCGGGUCUCGGUCCGCUGGCUGGCGCUGCGGGCUCAGGGCCAUGGUGGGUUAGCCUUAGCUCGGCCCGGCCUGGGUCCCGAGCUGGAAGGGGAGGCAGUGAGUGGCUGACAGGGAGACUUGGCCUAAUCUAGCUGAUUGAGAAGCUGGCAGGAGGCAGAAAGAAUGAGUGCAGCAAAUCCUUUGGUGUGAUCACUUUGGUAGGAGUGUCUCUGCUGGCUUCUGUAGAGCUGUCGGCCUUUCCUGUUCUGCCUCUCUCCAGGUCAUUCCUUCAACAAGUAUUUAUUGAAACUUCUAUGCGCCAGAACAGGUUAGUCCUGAACUUAGUAGACUCAACCUGCUCCUGCCUCCCAAGUACCGGGAUUAAGGAACAGUCACUAUGCCCAGUCGGAUAUCUGUUCUUGUGGAAGACUCAGCACACAUAAAACAGCUCACAGCCAUCUAAAAGCUCCAAGGGAUCGGACAUCCUCCUCUGGCCUCUGGGCACUAGGAGCCAUGCGGGGCCAGCGAAGUCUGCUGUUGGGCCCAGCACGCCUCUGCCUGCGUCUCCUUCUGCUCCUGGGCUACCGGCGUCGAUGCCCACCUCUGCUCCGGGGCCUGGUACAGCGCUGGCGUUAUGGCAAGGUUUGCCUGCGCUCCCUGCUCUACAAUUCCUUUGGGGGCAGUGACACUGCUGUCGAUGCUGCCUUUGAGCCUGUCUACUGGCUGGUGGACAAUGUGAUCCGCUGGUUCGGAGUGGUGUUUGUGGUGCUGGUGAUCGUGCUGACCGGGUCCAUUGUGGCCAUUGCUUAUCUGUGUGUCCUACCCCUCAUCCUGCGAACCUAUUCGGUACCACGGCUCUGCUGGCAUUUCUUCUACAGUCACUGGAAUCUGAUCCUCAUCGUCUUCCAUUACUACCAGGCCAUCACCACUCCUCCUGGAUACCCACCCCAGGGCAGGAAUGACAUUGCUACUGUCUCCAUCUGUAAGAAGUGCAUUUACCCUAAGCCAGCACGAACACACCACUGCAGCAUCUGUAAUAGGUGUGUGCUGAAGAUGGAUCACCACUGCCCCUGGCUAAACAAUUGCGUGGGCCACUAUAACCAUCGCUACUUCUUCUCUUUCUGCUUCUUCAUGACUCUGGGCUGUGUCUACUGUAGCUACGGAAGUUGGGACCUUUUCCGGGAGGCUUAUGCUGCCAUCGAGAAAAUGAAACAGCUUGACAAGAACAAACUACAGGCGAUUGCCAACCAGACAUACCACCAGACUCCACCACCUACCUUCUCCUUUCGAGAAAGGAUUACUCACAAGAGUCUUGUCUACCUCUGGUUCCUGUGCAGUUCUGUGGCCCUGGCCCUGGGUGCCCUAACCAUGUGGCAUGCUGUCCUCAUCAGCCGGGGUGAGACUAGCAUCGAAAGGCAUAUCAACAAGAAGGAGAGACGCCGGCUACAGGCCAAGGGCAGAGUGUUUAGGAAUCCUUACAACUACGGCUGCUUGGACAACUGGAAGGUGUUCCUAGGUGUGGACACAGGAAGGCAUUGGCUGACCCGGGUGCUGUUACCUUCUAGUCACCUGCCUCAUGGGAAUGGGAUGAGCUGGGAUCCUCCUCCCUGGGUGACUGCUCACUCAGCCUCUGUGAUGGCCGUGUAAGCCACAACUUGAACAUUGUUCGAUGUUUAUUGUCUUUCAAGAGCUUCCAAGGGCAGCUUUUCCUGGAAUCCAUGACCAUAAGAACCAUUAGGCUGCCUUAGAGUACUACACAGGGACAAUCAAGAGCAAUCUUCUGCCACCUCAGAGCAAGAUGCAGUGUGGAGGAACUCAAUGAUUGAAGUCCCUUUACUCAGGCAAAUAAGUUUUAGCCCCAGACCAGGAGUCAGGUAAUGAGCUCUAGGUCACAGCACUGGGGCUAGACACCAUUUCUUUGACUUUGGGAAAAGAUCCAUCAGGUGUGUUCUGGCUUCGCAAUGGGAUAAAGAACCUAAGCCUAUUGCCAAGGUCACUGCCAUUUCUCACGUGCUACGGAAGGAGCGAAAAUAAAGGCAUUUGAUUUGUAAA